AUGUCUUCGAAGAGAAAGAAGCAGAUGAUGCUGUCGUACAAAGACCUUUUACGACCACGCAUCACGGGGGAACCCCGACAGCAAGUCAAGAAAGGAGACCCUGAGUGGGAAGACGGCAUCAAGUGUAUAAAGGCAUAUCAUUCCCAAGCCACUAUGUUAUCUCAGGCCAACCGGCAAGAGAUGCGAGAUAUUAUACGGAGCCGCCGCUACGUUAUCACUCCCUCGGCAAAAGAUACGCCAUCAAGGCACACACUCAUGAAAUCCCAUAAAAAGAGCAUCAAGCGAGGGAGGGCUCCGUCGUGGCCCAUUUUCGUUAUUCUGAAUACUCUGUACGGCCCUGCCUUGCCUAGGGAGUACAAAAGAUGCAUUGGCAUGGCCUUUGGCACAACGGAAGUCAAGGACCAUACGCAUGAGUAUCUUGCACUUGAUGGUGCUGAGCCUGCCGAGCCUGCCGAGCCUGCCACUACUGAGGAGGAUCACCAGACAUCUCCUUGGAAAUAUGAGAUCUUGGAUGACAAAACCAAAAUCUCCGGGGAGACAAAGAAACGUGACGCGCCGGCAUUGGACAUUGAGGAUGGCAGUUCUUCUGCCAAUAAGCGUGCAAAGGUGGCAGACGCUGAAAGCGUCUCUUUGACUGUACAAAUGGCCAACGCUGUCUCCGAACAACAGACUGCUGAAGAAGGAGGCUGUGAGUGCACGAUUGGAAAACUCUGGGAGAUGAUUGAUAAGAAGUUUGAAGCGAUGCGGGAGGACUUCGAAAUGAAGGAGAAAGAGAAGUUUGAGGUUCAAACUAAGGAGCUUCAAGUGGUGAUGCGAGAGGUAGUAAGGCUUCAUGGAGAAGCUUUGAUGAGACUUGCGGAAAUGACCUGGCAAAGGCCUACUGCUCCUCAGAACGCUGACGUUUGA